AUGCGGCCAGAGCUCGGCUUAGCUAAUGGACGAAGGGUUCAUAACGUCAAGCAAUCUGCAGCAAGCACCGAGUCUGGGACCCAAUCUGGAUUCUGGGCCGAGCUCGAGUCGCUCAAGACGCCUACGGCCAAGGACGUUGCGUCUGCACCCAAGAUCGGAGAUCAAGCGCCGUCCACGACCCUGCUGAACCCGCCGGACGGACGCAAGACCAUCGUGCUCUUCCUCCGUCACUUCGCAGAGAAGACGUUCAAGACCCUGGCCACCUUCUCCGAAAAGCACAAGGAUGCCCAUUGCGUCGCCGUGUCGCAGUCUUCCGCCCAAGCCACGGAGCGAUGGGUCCCCCAAGUCGGGGGCGCAUGGAACACCGGCAUCGUCGACGAGGGCCGCGACCUCUACGCAAAACCAAGUAUCUGGAAUCGACCCACCGAGAGCAGGACUCGUUGGCAGACAAGCGGUGCCUUUGCCAUCGAUGAGACAGGCAUCGUGCGCUGGGCUCAUGUAUCCAAAGCUGCCGAUGACAUGCCAAAUUUCGACGCUGCUCUCGUGGCGCUUGGACUGAACCCCAAUGAGUCGACUUGA